ACGUAUGAUUUAAUUGCAAAUACUUAUUAUUCUAAUUUGACUAGUUCUAUUGGCCUGCAGAGAUGGAAUAGAUAUCCAGGAAAUGCAAUCCCGGUUAAUAGUGUCCUGAAUGUGACCGUUAAUUGUUCUUGUGGGGAUAAGGCAAUUUCCAAGGAUUAUGGAUUGUUUGUAACUUGGCCCAUAAGGGACGGAGAUACUUUGGACUCUGUGGCUGCUGCAAACAAUUUGAGUGCUGAUGUUGUCAGGAGAUAUAAUCCAACAGCUAGUUUUAAUGAAGAAGGUCAUCUGUUAUUCAUUCCAGGAAAAGAUGAAAGUGGAAGCUAUCGGCCUUUGAGUUCAGGAUCAGGAUUGUCUGCUGGAGCUAUUGCCGGGAUAUCUGUGGCAGUUCCGGGACUGCUGUUCUUUGCUGCUUGCUUGUAUUUUGUGGUUGACAGAACGAGGAAGGCACACAAAAUAUCUCCUAAAGUUCAAUUUAAGCGAGCUGCUUCAUCCAAAGCUUCAAACUCCGUUGGUGUUACUAAAGGGGCAUCUCCAGGCCUUGCUGGAAUAGUUGUUGAAAAAUCUGUUGAAUUCUCUUAUGAAGAGCUGGCAACGGCCACUAAUGAUUUCAGUUUAGCUAAUAAGAUUGGUGAAGGCGGCUUUGGCUCUGUUUAUUAUGCCGAGCUUAGAGGCGAGAAAGCAGCAAUCAAGAAAAUGGACUUGAAAGCAACAAGAGAAUUUCUUGCUGAAUUGAGGGUUUUAACACGUGUACAUCAUCAGAACUUGGUGCGCUUAAUUGGAUAUUGCGUUGAGGGUUCUCUUUUUCUUGUAUAUGAAUAUGUUGAGAAUGGCAACUUGAGCCAGCAUCUCCGUGGAUCAGGGAGGGACACACUGUCAUGGUCAACUAGGGUGCAAAUUGCAGUGGAUUCAGCAAGAGGUCUUGAGUACAUUCAUGAGCAUACUAUACCUCCCUAUGUCCAUCGUGACAUUAAAUCGGCAAACAUUUUGAUAGACAAUGAUUUGCAUGCUAAGGUUGCAGAUUUCGGUUUAACUAAAUUGGCUGAGGUUGGAGGUCCUUCCUUGCACUCACGUCUUGUGGGUACAUUUGGCUACAUGGCACCAGAGUAUGCUAAUCGCGGUACUGUUUCUCCUAAAGUUGAUGUCUAUGCGUUUGGUGUUAUGCUUUACGAACUAAUUUCGGCCAAGGCAGCCAUAGUUGAUGGAGGCUCUGCUACUGACCCUAAGGGCCUUGUUACUUUGUUUGAACAAGUUUUGCCAGAUCCAAAUGAUGACCUCCGCCACCUGGUUGACCCCAGACUUGGUGAUAAUUACCCCCUCAAAUCAGUCAGAAAGAUGUUUCAUCUAGCCAAACUUUGCACGCACAAAAAACCUCAACUGCGGCCGAGCAUGAAAUCUGUUAUCAUUGCUCUAAUGACACUUUCAUCUUCCAUAGAAGAGUCUAUGAUCGGUUCCUCCUCUGGAAAAUGAAGUAUUGGGAUAUGAAACCCCUGAAACUGAUGUCCUAAGAGUAGAGAUUUCUAGUGUUGCAUCUGUGGAAACUGUGGUCUUGGGAUUUGAGGUGUACAGAGUAGAAGAUGUGACUGAAGCAGUCAAUUAAGGAUUGGAUUGCGGUUGACCUGACAAAAUUUGAGCUACUCACACUUAUUUUACAUGGGAAGGAAAAUUUUGCAAUGUAAAAUUAGUGCCAAGACUGCGGAGAUA